AUGUCGUCGUCGUCCGACCCCAAACCCGCUCCUGUGCUGGAUCCGGACCAAGUGGCCGCAAGCACAGCUGCCCCAACCGCUGCUGCUGCUACCAUGCAGCCCACCGAUCCGGCCGAGCCUGUCGCCGACGACCCUGCCAAGCUCAAAUCAGCCGAACACGAGGCAGAAGAAGCAGGUCGUUUCGCACAGAAGGACGAUGUCUCUCCGGCCGAGGCCGCCCUCGACCAUCAAGCUCAUCUCCACAAGGUACCCAAAGCCGACGUUGCACCGGAACGCAUCACCGAGCUGCCUGGAACUCAAAAGCAGGUUCCCGCUCCCGCGCCCGGCGACCCGGACCGCGCGAUCGAGCCCGAGCUCGACGAUCUCGGAUGGAGCGAGGAGCCGAACGUCCCCAUCCCUGUGCUGCACGGCAUGAAGAACGAGUCGCUCUGGCUGCUGGUGCGUCGCUUCAACAAGCAAACCUACCGCGUCAAGGCCAUCGAGGACACCAAGAACAAGGACUUUGACAUGUACAUCAGCAACAAGGAGGAGUUCCAGCCCGACAAGCUCAAGGCCACCUUCGAGCGUGUCUACGUCAUCGUCGUCGUUGGGGUGGUGGCCUUCGUUCAGCACAUUAUGCGUCUUCGCUCGUGGUCCGAGCCGAAACGUACCGCUGGAUUCAUGGUCGCCUACGUCGCUGCUUGGAUUUUCGAUCUCUUGGUUCCUACAUCGCUGCUGUUGAUGCUCGUGCUCAUCAUGUCGCCACGUGCCCGGGUUUUGCUGUUCCCCUCGGCUCCAUUGGCUGCGAUCGACGCAAAAUCGGGACAAGCCAAAGUGCCGUUGGCUGGUCACCUUGGUAGCAAGACCAGUUUGACCGGCGCUGCCGAGACCUUUGAGGGUGAAGCAGUCGAACAGGAGGCAUCCAAUUUUGUCGGUGCGCUCGGUUCGGUUGCGCUCAGCACUGCUGCGGGCAAAUCCUCCAAUGCAGGUGCCAAUGCUGUCGACGAAGAAGACGAUGAUGACGACAGCAGCAACGAAGCCACGGCGACGACCAAGAAGAAGCCCAAGAAGGAUCCCGAGGACAAGAUCCCCGAUCCUACCAAUGUUGCCGUCGUAUCUCAGGCUGCGCAGAGCAAAGCUGCCGGCGAAAAGGCCGGUCACCCGGAUAAGGGCGAUCACACCAAACAGCCCAUGGAAGCAGCCAUCUUCUCCAGUCUUGCCCCCUUCAUGCACAUCCUCAACAACAUCUGCGACGACUACGAGAGGUUCGGAAACGCACUCAACCCCACGCCUCCCUUCUCGCGCUGGGCGCCACGCGCUCGACUCGCCGGUACUAUCGUACCCUUGCUGCUGGCCUCGUUCUACAUCAACGAGACGAUGAUCUACAAGGGAUCGACGUUCGGUAUGGGCUUCGCGCUGUUUGGUCAGCCUCUGAUCGAUCGGGUCAAGUUCCCGCAGGUUAUCGCCUGGCUCGAUCGCAACGUUCCCGAGUGGAAAAAGUACCUCGAGCUUCGAUACUACUUGCUGCGCGGCGUGCCUACCAAUGCUCAACUCACGGUGACGCUGUUGCGCAUCGGAGAGGCAAACAAGUCGCCUCUGCCGCCUCCUCCUCCUUCGGUCGUUGCACCUCCUCCCACCGCGCUUCACGGAUCCGACAUGGCCGAGCAUCCCGAUCUGCCACCCGAGUAUGCGAAGCAACUCGCCGAUGCUCAAGCAGACGACGUAGCCAGCCGUCCUGAUGGGGAAGACGCCUCUGCCACCGACCCGAAAACCGGGAAGAAGAGCAGCAAAGUGCUCGGACUCCUCAAAGGUGUUACGAAAGCUGGUGUCGAAACUGCUCUCGGAGUCAACCGCGUCAAGGCCACCACAAUCCAAUCCAUGCAUGCCAAAACCAAGCUCGGUGUGGUCCAGUCGGAAGAGGCCUCGAAGAAGUACGCCUCCGACGGUCCCGUCCGCUUCCAGGCGAGGUACAAGGGCAAGCGUGGUCACGUGUACAUCCUCACCACCGCCGCUACACCCUCCGUCGCGUUCGAAAGGAAAGGUCGUUCAAGCCCCAUCCAGGCAGCUGCCGCAGCUAGCAAGGGUAGCUCGGCUACGAGUGCCGCCGAACAGGCGCAGAGGUUGGUCCAGCAAAAGGGUGCCACGUUCACGAUCGCAAUCGACGACAUCAAAGAGCUCCACAAGGUCGGUGGGUUGGGUUGGAAGGGAAAGCUCGUCGUCGGAUGGGCGUUGGGUGGAGAGGUGGCGGACGGAAUCGAGAUCGUCGAUAAGCAGAACAAUGUGCACAAGCUGACAGCCAUGGGUAGGAGGGACGAGGUGUUCAACAGAUUGAUCUCGUUGGGUAAGCAGAAGUGGGAGGCGUUCUGA